CAUCGGAACAUGCCCAUCAUGGACGCGAUCUUCUCGUCGAGCACCCUUGAGGACCUGAGCGUGCCGCUGGUGGGCGGCGAGGAGCCCCCGCAGACCGUGCCGGGGUCGACGGUGCCCCUCGCGCUGUGCCCCUUUGUACCCAGGGAAAACAUCACCCUCAACGACGAGGAGGACCCGCGCAUCACGGCGCUCAAACAGGCCGCCUACGGCAUCGCCCUGCCGGCUAUCUGCACCCUCGGCGUUGUAGGCAACCUGCUCAACUUGGUCGUCCUCACCAGGAGGAACAUGAAGGGCACCGCGUACAUCUACAUGAGGGGCUACGCGGCCGCAUCCCUGCUCGCGAUUCUGUUCGCCAUCCCCUUUGGUUUGCGUGUUGUGAGCCGUCGUGAGGCAGGUCAGUGGAGUAGUCUGCCGCAAGCCUUCUACCACGCUCACCUUGAACUCUUUCUCGGCAACGCCUGCUUAGGAGUUGGAGUGCUGAUGCUGCUCGCCCUUACUAUCGAGCGUUACGCCGCAGUUUGCCAGUUAAACGGCGGUUCCUCCCCGCACAGGGCUCGCACAGCGGUGGCCCUGAUUCCGGUGCUCACCUUCCUCCUUUACCUCCCCAAUGCGUUUCGCACUCACCUGACCAGGUGCGGCGCACCAUACGGUCCUGAAGGCGAAAUGACCGUCGUUUUCCAGCGAAGGGACAACAUUAGAUUUCUUCACUCGGCGUUUUAUUCGAUCUACAAAAUUGCCCUGGAGAUAAUUUUCAAGGUGGGACCAACGAUUCUGCUCGCAGGGCUCAACGCUCGCAUUUUAAUUGUGUACCGGCGGUCGUGCGCCCGACGACGGAAAAGACGAGGCGCGUUGCUGGAAUCGUGCAGACAGUACGCCGAGGAAAAGCGACUGGCGCUCUUGCUCGGCUCAACGUCGCUGCUUUUCUUCGCCUGCGUCUCGCCCAUGGUGAUCCUCAACGUCACCCUCUCUGAGCGCAAUCUCAGCUCUUACAACUACCAGAUAUUUAGGGCGAUCGCCAAUGUGUUAGAAGUUACCAAUUAUUCGUUGACCUUCUACAUCUACUGCCUCUUCUCCGAGGAUUUCCGCAGCACUCUUUUGAGAACGGUCAACUGGCCUUGGUGGGGCGGAAAAGCGCCUGCGAACGGCCUUGGUGUCGGACCCACCGCCAAAGGCCUCAAGGGUUCGCCCCCAAUCACGCAGCAAACAACAGCCACCCCAACGCCACCCCGAGCGUGCACCCUCGCCUGCGCAACCUCCACUACAGGAGCAGCUACGACAGCAGUUUUAGCUGCAAAUGGUGCAAAAGAAGCUUCCUCGAGUGCGUUUCAAAAACUUUUCUGCGGCUGCUUGGGUAUUCUUCCCUGCGUGAAAGAUGGUGCCAGUCCUGCGGGCAGCUCUGCUGACCGAGUGAUCGUCUGAGCAUGAGCCUGUCGGUUUUCCAAUUAGUUUUCCCCGAACAAAGAAACCGAGCCCGUAGUGCCCGUCUCAAUUGAGGUGGAAAAUGGGCUUCUCGUCGAUGAGCAGUGCUGCAAAAAAGUGCCCCAUUUAUUGCCCAAACACAAUAACACUUGCAAUAUGCAACCUUCACGACAUUCCCACAAGUAAAAUGCUGCAACAUGCGAUAUUAUAUAUAUUUUCCACAAUUGCUCUGUGAAGAAUUGCAUUAGUUGAUGUGAACCAUUAUUGUACUCUACCCAUGACAUGUUUCGUAAUGGAAUUUUCACUAUAGAAUGUUGCAUGAACCACCCUUGUUUUGACUCCUCCUCUUCUUAUUACUUGGUUUCCCAUUGUGUGAACUUUUCCCAACCUGCCUCCGUUUUCUUCUUCUUUUUUUACGCCUCGUCUCUCGAUUCUGCAACUUCGUACACCACAGCAAUGAGAAAAGAGAAGAAAAUUACUUUAACCAUACCUUUCCAUGACAGUUCUUUCUUCUUUCCUUAUUGUAAGUCUUGCGAUUCAAUUUUACCUCAGAGGCACUAGCACUUAAAAAUUAUUGCAAAUCAGAAUGCAAAAAACACACGCAUUUCACCCAAACUGAUUGGAAACAGCUAUAAAUAUGUAAAAAGUGUGUCUUAUUGUUUGGAAAAAUGCGGUGUCUGUGUUCACUUUGGGAACAAUGUCUGGACAUAAUUUAUGAGGUAUACUAAAAACUGAAAUGCACAAUUUAUAAAUGCAACUGAUCGCGAAAUUUAAUUUUAAUUACUUCUAGAAAUGAAAUGGUAAAAAUAAAAAUGUAAUUACACAAUUUUAAAUCAUGAAAACGAGUUGUUUGAGAAUCCAAGAUUCAUUGAGUUGUUGAUACUUUCACAAUUUAAAACAUCACUAUUUAUCACAAAAAGAGAAAUAUAUUAAGCAAAUGUUGGUGGCUUUGUGAGGAAACGGAGAAAUUCCUAAUUGUAGAAAUCUGUCCAUAACUAAGUGUCUUUGGUAGACGUGUUACUCAACUGAAAUUUUUAAGCUCACCAAAUUUACAUCAGAUCAAUGUAUUUAAUUUUUUCUUCUAUCAAAUAUUCAAAAGGUGAUUUUUUUUAAUUGCAUCAAAACGUUAAUUUUUUGAAAGUUUUAUUGAGGUGGAGCUAUUUAAGUUCUUCCACAAUCACCCUAUAAUGCGCUAUAAUGUUUUAAAAACAGAAGUCACACAAGCUCAAAGAGAGAGAGGAUUAAUUAAAAAAAGGAAGCGGUGCUUUACAUGUUCUCAAAAUUUAUAUUUUGGCAAAAAAAUAGUCACGUGAAAAUUAUACGUCUGGAAAGCAACAAUAUUUAAAAAUAGUCUGAGGAAAAGAGAACAAAGGGAAAAGUUAAGACUGAUAAUUUUAAAAACAAAAUAUAUACGCCUCGCUAAAUUCAAAAUCCAUCACCAUCAAAAAUGUCACUUCAACUUUCAACCAACGAUUCAAAUUUUGGAAUGAAAGGAUUGUGCAGGAGUAUAAAGUCAGCCUAAAAGUAUUCCAAUACUUGAAAGAAAUUAAAAAAUUUGUAUUAGAUAUAAAAAAAAAUUAUUAGAAUUGGCGUAAUAUUGAUUAAUUAAAAUUUCUACCCUUUAAAAUUUGCAUUCGUAUAACCUCUCGCUUUUAUAGAUGCAUAGCUUAGAAAACUUUUCAAAAUUUUUAAAACUUUAGCUCUAUUAGAUAUAUUAUGUAUUGGAUAAGAAUUUAAAAUUAAAACUAAAAGCUUACAGCGUGCUUAUUCCGCUUUUCAAAAUGUCAAAUUUCAAAUUGGAAGCAUGCAAAAAUUGAAAUGUGAUUCUCAAAACGAAUUAUAGUGAGCUAGAUUUGUGAGGCGUCGGCUUGAAAAAGGAUCUGAAACGCUCUCUCACUGCGUCCAAAAGUGCGCGACUUUUAAUCUGUAAAGGUGAAGAAGGCUGUUGUAUGUGAUGAUUUGAAAUUUUCAUAAACACAACGCGCUGGUUCCAAAGUUUUAAUUAAUUUUAACGAAGAUACAUCUAUAUAUUAUACUACGUACAUAAUAUAUAAUUAUGCAGUUGUGCAAAGUAGCCGAAUAUUUAGUAGCGACGAAAUCUAAUCACUGUUAUUGUUGUCUAACUGUUACAGAGGUAUUUAUGAAGAAAAUAACAGCUAUGCUAAAUUUGGAAGUAAAAAAAUCUGUCUGCAAAUUAGUAAAACAAAAAUGCCACUCUGUUUAAUUAAAAUUUGAAACAAUCUGGAUUAAUAAAA